AUGUCUUAAUGACAGUUUAUUAGUGAUCUCACCUGUUUCUUUCAAGUUAUACACACAACACUAGUCGACUGGUGUCCACACGUAAACAAUUUCGUAAAAUAGUUUUGUUUUAGACUAAUCUUCCUUCCGUGUUCAUAAAUGACACACCAUCCUAAAAAUAAAUUUUCGCACUCCCCCAUAUCCAAUCGAACAGAUAAAAGAUGAACGAAAUUCGUCUGAAACCGAAAAAUUUACUAAUCGUCAUUGCCAUUAGUUUCUUGUUAAUUUGGUGGCUGUUUCACAAUAAUCGAUGUGUACAGAAAGACAUUGAUGGGGCCAACACGAGUGGAUUAUCACAUAGUAAUUUACCAGUCAUUUACGCAAUCACACCGACUUAUGCACGACCUGUACAAAAGGCAGAGUUGACGAGAUUGUCUCAUGUUAUUAAGUUGGUGCCAAAUAUUCACUGGAUAAUAAUUGAAGAUGCGUCGGAAACAACAAAACUAGUGAAAUCGUUGCUGGUCAGAGCUGGUCUCGUCUCAAGAAGCACUUUGCUUAAUUCAAAGACUCCUGAUGAUUUUAAGCUUAAAGCAAAGGAUCCGAAUUGGUCGAAGGCUCGGGGAGUCGAACAGCGUAAUGCCGGUCUGGCGUGGAUCAGAAAAAAUAUGACCAGAGACCCGUCCAAACAUUCAAUCGUCUUUUUCAUGGACGACGACAAUACCUACAGUUUGGAGUUGUUUGAAGAAAUGGCCAAAAUUGGACGGGGAAAGGUUGGUGUGUGGCCGGUUGGUCUGGUUGGUGGAUUGAUGGUGGAGAAACCGGUUAUGGGCGAUGGUGAGAUUAUCGGAUUCAAUUCUGCGUGGCGUCCCGAGCGCCCAUUCCCCAUCGAUAUGGCUGGCUUCGGAAUUAGUGGAGAUCUCAUUAUGGAUUAUCCAGAAGCGUCGUUCAGUUACGAUGCGCCAAGAGGCUAUCAGGAAAGUGAAAUCUUACGACAUUUGACGGUUGUACGUGACUUACAACCGUUAGCCAACAAUUGCCGUGAAGUUUUGGUGUGGCAUACCCGAACUGAGACACCGAAAUUAGAUGCGGAAAAUAAAUUGAAGAAAGAUGGACAGAAGGCAAGUGAUGACGGUAUGGAGGUGUAGAGAGAUUAUUAGUUGAAUUGAAGUGGUUUAACCUUUGUUGAAUAGUUUUUUACGAUCAAAUUUUAUGAAUCUUGACAACAAAACGUCCCAGUCUAUGGAACGAACUCUAUUAUGUACUUUUGUGACAAUAAAUUAUAUUUUUGAU